AUGGACCGUAGUGAGGCAUCAGGCAAGGACCGUAGUGGUGCAUCAGACAAGGACCGUAGUGGUGCAUCAGGCAAGGACCGUAGUGAGGCAUCAGGCAAGGACCGUAGUGGUGCAUCAGGCAAGGACCGUAGUGGUGCAUCAGGCAAGGACCGUAGUGAUGUGAUUGGCAAACAUUCUGGUGCCCGGCAUCCCGGCCUGGUGACCGACGCACCUCCCCAGCCCGGCCUGGUGACCGACGCACCUCCCCAGCCCGGCCUGGUGACCGACGCACCUCCCCAGCCCGGCCUGGUGACCGACGCACCUCCCCAGCCCGGCCUGGUGACCGACGCACCUCCCCAGCCCGGCCUGGUGACCGACGCACCUCCCCAGCCCGGCCUGGUGACCGACGCACCUCCCCAGCCCGGCCUGGUGACCGACGCACCUCCCCAGCCCGGCCUGGUGACCGACGCUCCUCCCCAGCCUGGCCUGGUGACCGACGCACCUCCCCAGCCCGGCCUGGUGACCGACGCUCCUCCCCAGCCUGGCCUGGUGACCGACGCACCUCCCCAGCCCGGCCUGGUGACCGACGCACCUCCCCAGCCCGGUCUGGUGACCGACGCACCUCCCCAGCCCGGCCUGGUGACCGACGCACCUCCCCAGCCCGGCCUGGUGACCGAUGCACCUCCCCAGCCUGGCCUGGUGACCGACGCACCUCCCCAGCCCGGCCUGGUGACCGACGCACCUCCCCAGCCCGGCCUGGUGACCGACGCACCUCCCCAGCCCGGCCUGGUGACCGACGCACCUCCCCAGCCCGGCCUGGUGACCGACGCACCUCCCCAGCCCGGCCUGGUGACCGAUGCACCUCCCCAGCCUGGCCUGGUGACCGACGCACCUCCCCAGCCCGGCCUGGUGACCGACGCACCUCCCCAGCCCGGCCUGGUGACCGACGCACCUCCCCAGCCUGGCCUGGUGACCGACGCACCUCCCCAGCCCGGCCUGGUGACCGACGCACCUCCCCAGCCCGGCCUGGUGACCGACGCACCUCCCCAGCCCGGCCUGGUGACCGACGCACCUCCCCAGCCCGGCCUGGUGACCGACACUUCACGAUGA